AUGAGCGCCACCAACAAGGCUUUGGCAUCCAAAUUGUGCUUGGCAACGGCCAAGAAAUUUCAAUUUGUGUUAACAAGCUCCACUCUUCCUGAUUAUUGUAUCGGAAAGGACAUGAGCAAAGAAGAAAUGAAUACUUUUUUACCUGAAUUUUUCAAGUUUUUACAAGAGCAAGGAGUGAAAGAUAAAAAUUUAUCGGGAGAGUUGUUAGAAGAGAAAUUAAAGGAAUAUUCACAGAAAGCGAUUGGAAUGGAUACCUCUGAUGAUAGACUUGAACAUAAUGACACCGUAGUACUUGGUCACGGAGAUGCUAUUCAAAUCAUUAAUGCAGAUGAAAAGCCAUACUUUUCAUAUAAUUUAUCUAGAAAAAUAUUUGAAACUGAAGAACGAAAAACCACAAGCAUAUUUUCAGAUGUGCAACAAAAAGUUGAACUAUUUCGUGAUAGAUACAAAAUCAUCUAUCAAAGAGUUUUGAGAGACAAGGAUUUUAACCCAAUAGACCCCAACGCAAUUUCAUUGACAAGUAUUGAAUCACUCUUAGGAAGUAGAGGAACAAGGUAUAUCAUGGGCAUGAUUACAAAGAAAUCUGGAAAUAUUUAUCAAGUUGAAGAUUUAAAUGGAGUGGUACAAGUAGAUGUCAGUAAUGCUACUACCAAUGAACGAGGAAUGAUUGUGGAAGGAUGUUUUGUUAUCAUUUCUGGGGAGUUUGAUAGUGUCACAAAGGUGUUUAAAGCGGCUGCAAUAAUUUUACCACCAUUUGAAGAAAGAGAACAAUCAGAAAAAUUUCUGUCCACAGGCAGAUCGAACAUGUUGGACAUGUUUGGACCUUCUACACCUGAAAAAUUACAAAAACUGAAAAAUAAGGAAGAAUUGUCUAAGGAUUCAUUCAUUGUCGUAGUUUCAGAUGUGUGCUUGGAUAAACCCAACGUAUUUGAGAAAUUGGGUUUAUUGUUCGAUUAUUUCAAAUGGAAUCAGCACAAUAGAGUUUCUGGUGAUCGAUAUGAACUAAUUCCAGCAAUGUUUUUAUUUAUUGGCAACUUUAUUUCCAGACCCUUUCAAUUCUAUACAACUGGAAGUUCCUCGAGCUCAGCUGCAAUCUCUGACCGUGUACAGUACCAAAAGAACUUUGAAAAACUUGCUAAAAUGAUAGAAGAACGAUUUCCAAAUUAUAUUCACACUUCAAAAGAAACAGAAAAUGCUCCACUGUUUGUAUUUGUUCCUGGUCCAAAUGACCCAACCUUAUCACCGAACGGAGUCUUACCCAAGUCGUCAGUGCUUAGUAAUAUCAGCAAGACCUUCAAGUCAAAAAUACCAAAUAGCAUUUUCACAACCAAUCCUUGCAGAAUUCGCUUUUACACACAUGAAAUUGUGAUAUUUAGACAGGAUUUGCAACAACAAAUGAGACGACAUGCCAUUGAAGUGAACAAGAAUGAUGACCAUUCGAAACCAAUGUAUCAAAGUAUGAGCGAAACUGUUCUUUCUCAGUCUCAUUUGACUCCGUUUGCACUCCAUGUACAACCCAUAUUUUGGUCUCAAGACCACUCACUCAAUUUAUUCCCAUCUCCACAUUCUUUGAUAUUGUCAGAUCGAUGUCAACCGUUUAGAACCAAUGUUGGUGGCUGUCUGUGUUUUAAUCCUCCCUCAUUCCCAGUUAACUUUUCAUUUGAAAUAUUUUCACCACUGUCUUACAAUGAGCAAGGUAUUUCCUUUGCAGAAACUCACACACUUCCCAAUCUCUCUGAAGAUCAUUAG